ACCUAUCAGACGUGUUUAUUUAAUGGUCUGGUGUUGAUUGACAGACAGUUUUUAUUUGAUGUUGUGAGUGAAAUGGAUCAUUGAGUUUAGGAGAUGAUAUUAGUAGGGUCUGAGAGAUAGGGAGUUAGUAUUAGAAGGGGUUGUUGUUGAUGAAUGAACAGGAAGAGAGACUUGAUGUGUUGUGUUUAUUUAUCAGUCUAUGUGCCGGUUAUUUAUAAACUACUGGACUAGAGCUUUCCUGUGUAAAGUUAGUUACCUGUGUGGAGUUAGUACCUGUGUGGAGUUUGUUACCUGUGUAAUUUAGAUCUAUAUUCUUGCAACAUGGCUGUGGGAUACUAUCAGUGAAAAUUCAAUACAAAUGUAUCUUGUGACAGGUGAUUUGAAAUGGAAGAUGUAGGAAUCUGUAUUUUCUUGCUGUGGAUUAUGGGAUUUCUGGGAGUUGCGGCCGUGUGUCCUGAUUUAUGUCAGUGUCACCAGGAUUACUUUGUCUACUGUCGCAGAGUGUCACUGACAGACGAAAACUUACGCGACGUCAUGAAGGAAAUGCCACCUGAAGUUCGACUCCUGGAUCUUGGGUCCAAUAAUCUUCAGAAUAUCACAGCGACCAUAUUUUCGCAUCUACCUAAUCUAGAAUAUUUGAAUCUCUCGGAUAAUCAAAUUUCAAGUAUUGACGAAUAUUCUUUCCGAUAUCAGACUAUGUUACGUGAUCUGAAUUUAAACAGGAAUCGUCUGAUGAAAUUAAACAGUGCAACAUUUCACGGGUUAUCGAGACUUAAGGAGUUGGAUUUAGGUUCAAAUAAUAUCAGGUCAAUUGAAUCAGGAGCCUUCUCCGAGUUCACCAUACUUCAGCAGUUAUAUUUACAUCAAAAUAAACUGGAUAAUGUUUCUAGUGAUAUGUUUUUAGGACUGGAUAACCUUCACCUGUUGGAUCUUUCAGACAAUGUGAUAUCUGUGAUCGGUGAUGCAAGUUUCCGUCAUUUUAAAAAGUUGUGGAAAUUGAAAUUGAACAAUAACCAACUUCGUGAGAUUAAAUUAGAGAGUUUCGCAGGAUUGUCAUCAGUGCGGGAACUGGAUCUUAGCUACAAUCAUUUCACCAGUGUCGGCUUUUUAUCAACGCUGACAUUCCGAGAAACCAUCAGUGCCAUAUAUCUAUCCCAUAAUUUAUUAAAACAUAUUCCCGUCAACCUCAUCUCCACCAUUCGUCGUUUGGAAACUUUAGAUUUAUCGCAUAAUUAUAUAUCGUCUGUUUCGCGGGACGCAUUCUUCGGAUUGUCGUUACUCACCCUAAAUCUCUCUAGUAACGCUUUUACGAAAAUAGACAGAGGAAUGUUUUCUCAGACUCGGAAGAUAAUGAACCUUGACCUUAGUUUUAACCAUAUAGAGGUCGUUAAAACAGGUGCGUUGGAUAGUUUCCGCGAAACUGUUUAUUAUUUGAAUCUCCACCACAACAAAUUAACAGAAGUGAACCCUGGAAUGUUCCGAGGAAUGAAGAACCUGUUACAACUUGAUCUAGACUACAAUAAUAUUGAUAAUAUUUACGAAGGUUCGUUCAGGCAGCUUGUGAAAUUAGAGGAAUUAAGAAUCUCUCAUAAUAAACUAACGACUAUUCGAGACUCCAUGUUGAAUGGGCCUCCGUAUCAAUCGAUACAUCUACUGGAUAAUCAGAUACAAAAAUUCAGUGGAUUUAAAUUCGAAGAACAGAAUUCUCCAAUCAGAGUUCAUUUAAAUCUGACUGCCGUAGAGCAAAAUGAAUCGAGUGUGCGUGUUCAGUGGCCAUAUCGCGAUGGUUCACAAAUUUAUUGGAAGGUUGCGAUAACGUGUGACGAUGGACGCAGAAAAUGUGUUACGAGACCUCAGGACGAAUAUCUAGCGCCAUAUAGAAUGGACGCCGUGAUUGAAGAUUUAUCGCCAAACUCAAAGUAUUACAUUUGUGUUUAUCCUGUGUUUAUCAACAAAAAUAUCUUCGUGGACCAAUGUGUGCAUGUCAGCACACGACCGAGUCGAGCUCUGACCACAGUGACGGUUAAAGAACCAUUAUCUAAACCUCUCGGUGAAAAUGGAUGUACUUCAUUACAGGGAGUCAGUUACUCUUGGACAAUGUUACUUAUCAUAAUCUGUGUAUUAUCGUGGUCGUCAUAGAAACAAGAUGUCGAUUGUGAUGUGUCUGUUGUUGUGUGUUUGAUUUCGUCACAUGUACAUGUACAAAGAAAAAUCUAUUUUGCAUCGCUUUUCUCACAUCUUGCCAAAAAUAAACUCUCUACAUGUACAAAUGGAAAACAUGGUGUUGCAACCAUCCAUCCAUAAUGUUACAUGUGUAGUUAAAGGUUUUCAGAAGAAAUUAUUCUUUUAGUUUAACAAUAACUGAAACAAUGAGUUGACUAGGGGCUAAACAUCAUUCACAAUCGAGCUUGUGCAAUACAAAACGGGAAGGGUAUGAACAAAAGCCCAAAUUAGUUAUUGUUGUAACUAGGUGCUGCUUUCUUAAAAUAGAUGUAAUUAACUUAAUAAUAUUCCAACUAUUGAGAGAGUUCUAAUAAGUCUUACAUGUACAAUGUAUAUCCUAUUUUCGAUCUUACCCAGUCAAAAAGGCUGCUUUGGUUUAGAUUUAAGUUUUCAUGAAAAAGUUGUCCAGUUAUCCUAAUUUACUUUAUAAUAUUUGUCUAUUGAGAAAGUUAGUACAUGUAUGUGGUUUGUCUAAUGAGAAAGUUAGUACAUAUGUAUGUAGUUUGUAUGAAUGUGUAUAAUUGUUUGUUUAAAUCUAUGAAAGUGCUAAUAUAUAUUAUGUGUCAGUGUUACCCGGUAUGUAUGAUGUGUAUAUUACUGUAUUAUAUAUAAAUAGAACUCUAUCAGAUUAUCUCAAAA